AUCAAAUCGUCACCAUGACGGCUGCUCGUGGCGGAAUAGGACUGAAUGUCGGUGAGAAGAAUGCUGGGGACGGCAUUCAACCACUUGCUAACGUUAGCAUGAACAACACCCACAUGCAGCUUCAGACGACAUCCGACUCUGGUGUACUCCGCCGGGUCAAGACUGCACUCACCCCUAUGUCCCUCGACGCCAAGUUAGAUCAUGUCAUCGCCGUGGAGGACCGCAUCGCGCUCGAGGUCGCGGCGUACAAGCAGCGACUCGCCGACAUCGAAUGGGAUGCCAAUAGCAGCAGCACCAACUUGAACUUGUCCAGCAUUUUGCGGAGGAAACCGUCGUGUCGCUCCAGUCUGGCCCGCGUCAAGCUCCACGUCGAAGCUGCGUUGCAUAAACGGGCAAUCGAAGUGCUUCGGUCGUCGGCCGAGGUCGACGCCGUGUCGUUUUCCCUUCAAUGGAAGGACCGCCUCCGACGAGAUUCCAUUUAUCGUACGCUGUUUUCCCAGGGCAAAUGGCUCCGGACAGCGCUUUCUCACGUCAAGUCCGUCCCUGUGAGUUGCAUGCGUCGCCUGUCCGCGGACGAGGUUCAUGCAGCACCAGAGCAUCACAUUCGCCGCCUCUCCCUCGACGAAACCACCAAAACCCACCACCUCCAUCACUCAUGGUCAUCGUUGACCCACCUCCUCGCCUCCGCGCCGUUGACGGCACCACAUCAGGACCAGCCCUGUCCAUCGUACCUGGCGUUUGAGCUGCAUCUGGUCACGUCCCGCUUCGACCAAACAGAUCUUGGCAUGGCCUUCGAAUCCCAUUGCUGCCGUUCCCUCAACGCUCUCGCAUCCACCACCUCAUUCCAAACCCUCGUCGGCCAACUCGCCCGAGCACUGGCCGACGAGCACGACGUCCCACCGUCGCAUCAGCCCGCGCUCCUUCGCUUGACUCGUCAAAUGGUGCAUGCUCGUCUCGGCGCGGUGUUUGUCGCUCCCGUCGCCUCGGCUCUCGAGCGCGACCAAGCGUCAUGGACGCAGCACGCGUCUCCGUCUGCCCGUGCGCGUGCGUUGCAUCAACUGCAAGAAGUGGGUUUGCCGGCGGCGUCCACGCUGUGGCUCCGCCGCUCCGUGGCGGCCUUGGAAGCGCUGCCGUACUUCAUGCCCGACCACACCCUCGACGCCUUUCUCGGCGUCAUCUCGACGCUGCACGAAGAAGUGUCGGCGUCAUUGGCGCGACCCGCGCAGUCGCUGUCGGCGGACAUCAUCUUGCCCGUGCUGGUCGCGCUCGUCCUCCACAGCCACGCCCCGUUCCUCAUCGCCCAAAUCCAUGUCAUGGAAACGCUGGCCCUGACCGACGGACGCGACGGCGGCGAAGCGGCUUAUUACGUGGCCCUCGUCCAGUCGGCCAUACGCCACGUCACACAAGUAGACGGUUGACGGAAUGAAAAAAAAUGAUUAUCAAAACUCCCACUCCAGCACUCUCGACAUCAUACUACUUCUUUGUCGUCUAGACGAAGUAUAGUGACAAGUCGGUUCGUAAUCAUUGGAGAAUCGAAAAGACGUGGUAAAUCGAUUCGAAAAGACGUGGUAAAUCGAGUUGACAAUGAACUAGCCAAUCAAAAUCCAUUCUAAAAGA